UGUCAUUGUUACUUUAUAGGAGAUUUCGACAACUGCCGUUCGUCAUUUGGUGCCAGGCCCUGCUCGUUUUCCUGUUCAAACUCAAUAACGCUGCAGAGGCUACUUUUACCAAGCCCUAAUGUUGUUGUUGGGCGGCCGGUGGCUCGGAUUCCGAAUAUCUCACAUUUGACGUACAUCGUGGAAUAAUCUGAAACUUCUUGACCACCACACUUCUCCUUGUCCGUGUUCCCUUCGCCCCCCCCUCCCCGUUUCCCAAUCCCCGCCCCGGACGAGGCAAUAGCGCACGCACGAAGUGCUGCGCAGUUUUGAGUCGGUCUGAGUUUUGCGCCUGUGUGAUGUCAGGAAAGUCGACGCGAGAGCGAGGAAGAGCGAUUGCCUUAGAGUUCCAGGAUUUGAUGAGCUUGAAAUUGUAAAUCCGGAUCUCGAGAUGAGAGUAGAGGUCGGAGCUAGAGCUGGCCAACCGGAGGCGAUGGUGCUCGCUACGAGGCUGUGGAAGGGAAGAUGUUUGGACGCAACCUCAGGUCUCAUCUUACGAUAGUUGGGAUCAGUCUGCACAUCUAUCUUCUUCAGUCUCUGACCGUGCAAGGUUGGUGUUCUUGGAGCAGCUUUGCAGUAAACGCCCCGGAGCGACUCUUCGAAGUCAGUUUGUUUUUCUGAACUUAGUUCUCGUGCGAACCGAUAUCUAUAAUGUUCGCUAUGGCUAGUGACUCCGGGUUGUCUCAUCCUUUCUCAAUGGAGAGUGCUAUGAACAUGAAGCAUCCUUUCGGGAUUUCUCCGGAAUCUAAGCCUCAUCAAGAGUUGAAACCUCAUAGACAAACUGUUAUGAUCGAGGACAGCAGGAUGGCGAUCGAUACCUCUUCUCCGAAACCUUCCCAGAUUAGAGGUGACAGCGAGACUGUCAGGAAAAAGUUGCGGGAGUCUUUGGUUUCCGCUCUGGAGAUGGUGGUUGGUAAGCAGGUUGUCAAGAGCGUUUUGGGUGUAGGGAAAGACCUCACAGAAGAGGAGAAAGACGAUAAAUCGUCGUUGUCUGGUCAAGUGAAGCGUGAAAAUGAAGAGGACCCUCCGUUGAACAAAGAGAACCAACCCGCUGUUGGUUCUGAGCCACACGGCAUUAGCGCACACGACACGAAGGUCGAUGAUAGUCUGGGAGGUGAUCAGACUGCGAAUGGUGCCUCUUUGCAGAGCACCAGCCCCUCCGUCGUUAGCGAUUCGAAUGUGGAGAUUAACGAGUCUCCAUCGAAGAAAGCGAAGUGUUCCAAGGAGGAUGGGAGUCAGAUAUCGGAGGAAACCAAAGGUGGUCUUCAGUUAAUGGAGCAGGUAAAGCAAGUAGCGUGGGAUAUCGAGGCACAUUUGUUUUCACACAAUGGGGGAGUUAAUAAGAAGUACAAGGAAAAAGCACGGUCUCUUCUGUUCAACUUGAAGGAUAAAAGUAAUCCGGAACUUCGGGCCCGCGUCUUCAGUGGGGAGAUUACCCCACAGAUUUUGGUUAGAAUGACCGGGGAACAGCUUGCCUCCAAGGAGCUCUCACAGUGGAGAACUGCAAAGGCAGAAGCAUUUGCUUCCAUGGUGGUUCUUACUGACGCCGAUGUUGAUCCUCGACGGAUUGUUAAAAAAACUCACAAAGGUGAGUUUCAAGUAAUGAAAGAGGCAGAUCUUUCACCCAGUGUCGAUCCUAUUGAGCCUAACACAUCUUCCUUCCCUACAAUGGUCAAGAAAAGCCAGGAGGAUGGAGGGAAAGCAAACUUGUCCCCGGGUAUUAAUUCUAGAUCGCAAGACUCGAAAAAUAGCCAGAAAAAAUCUCCAUCUUCGAGCACGGACGAAAGACAUGCUGAGAGGAGCUCCGACGGAGGAGCAGCAGUGGAAGGGACGGGCGGGGAGCUACCGACUAUUAUGUCUUUAGACGAGUACAUUGACACCCGGGACGAGGCUCCGUUGCAUAGAUCGGAGUCCAUACACACUAUAUCAGAGGGAAGAAUCGAGAACAAAACGAGCGUCUCGAUGAGAGAAAGCGUGACCUUGAUAACCCCCACAGGAUCACCCUCUCAUAUGCCUGAAAGCAACAUUCAUAAGAACAACAAGAGCCCAACCGUCAGGAACGCCGAUAUCGCUUCAAGCACAGUUAUUUUGUCUAAGAAAAGAGACAGGGAAAGCUCAGGCCUUGUGUGGGAAGGUAGCGUGCAGUUGUCAGCCACCCGGUUUGCUCCUGUCGAUGGAAUCUUCAAAAGUGGUGAGAGACUGGAGUUGAAAGAUUGGCCGAAGUCUGUGGAGAUCAAGGGUAGAGUUCGACUUGGGGCUCUUGAUAAGUUUUUGCAAGAUCUUCAACUGUCGCGCUCCCGAACGGUCACGGUUAUGUCGCUAUGUCCAUCUGAUCGUCAGGGCGCUGAUUUGAAGCAAGUUCGAGCCUACUUGAGAGAGAUGGCAGAUCAGUACCGCAUGGGAGACAGAGCAGGAUUUGUGGAGCCGGCACCAGGGUUCGAGCUGUAUCUGCUGGCCCCAGGAUGUGCUUCUCUCGAUGUUUUGGGUGACCUACCGUCUUCCACCAGUCCGAACGUGGAGAGGGAUGACGAAGUCUUAGUUGGUGUGGUGGUGUGGCGUAGAAACCAGUCUCAAGGAGUACCAUCCGCUAGGGGACCUGACCAACAAAUUGGUAGUUUAAAGAAAGUAUCGAUGUCAAAUCAGGUCUCUGAGUCUCCCACUAAAGUUAAUACCACACCCAUGCACUGGACAGAGAUUCCAAGUUCAGGGGGAGCGUUGCCUACAUCUCUUAAGACAGCAUCUGCUCAUGUUAAUGUAAGUGGAAAUUCAUCAAUGCAUUCUACUCAGUCUCGUGGUGACACCUCCGCUCUACGUGAUCCCUCGCUGCGUAGGGAGUGGCCUCCGGCAAGUGGUCUUCAACUUUCACCUAUAGGGGUCCCUGCGACUAGGGUCACUGAAAACGGUCACGGUGCCAUGACAGAUUCUCUAUAUCUACCUCAUCAGUCAGUUGAACUAGAAGAUGUCCCCCCAGGGUUUCUACCAAGACCCUUGACAACCUUCCCCCAGGGCAGACCCGCCGGUGCUAACACAGAUUCGAAGGAACGCGUGCCGGUUAUACAACCUCCUUAUGUGGGUGGUGUUCCCGGUCCUUCUUCUCUUUUGCCCGAUAGAGGUCGGGAGACCACCGAAGCUCCCCCAGGGUUUUGGCCCAGAUCACAAGUGAAAGGGCUUCCUGUUAUCAGUCAGAGAAUCCACACUUCUUCUCUCGAUGAUGAUGACGAUGAUCUUCCGGAAUUCAAUUUCGAAGCUGAAGGAGUCAUGGCGCCACAGAUCACUACGAAUGUCUUGCCUAACCAAUCGCAGUUUCUAUCUUCUCAAAAUCCUAGUGCUCCCCCUUCUCAGACUCCCUUGCACCUGGCUAAUUUGCACGUUAGCGAAUCUGUUAGGUUUCAGAGUCACAUAAAUACCCUUCCUUCUCCCAUGGAGUUCCAGUCUGUUCCUCCCGGGCUACCUCCGUCCAGACACAUGCCACUUCAAGAAGAGUCAUUUGUCCCCAGACCUUCUCUCCACCAUGGUCCUAUUCUUGAUGGAUGGAAGAGCAGUGAUAUCAGAAGUAGAGAGAGCGUGCAGCAGACUGUGCACCACGAAGUCGCCAGACCUUUGGCAGUACAGAAUUCAGAUUCCAGGAACCUGUCGUUGAGAGGUGCUAGGGACGAGUUGGUACAUAGAGAAGAAGAGUUCCGCCAUUAUGGCCAUGAUUCGCAGCAGAGGGGACUGAACUCCAGUCAUGAGCAACAGAGAAGUUUUGGUGCAGCAACUCCUGGACCGCUUGGUGUCAAGACCGCCGUUAGAACGUAUUUUGGCACCGGAGUACGGGAAACUUUGACGCCGGCUUCUAGAAACGAUCUGCCUGAGUGGUGUCCCCCUUCUGUCUCCAAUGUGCAACCUGUCCAGCGUGCUUCUAUUUCAUCCCCUCUGAGUUACGAUUCAGCGUUGCAUAUUCGGCAGCAGCCACCUCCGCCUGUUCACAUGGGUGUGCAACAACAUACUGUUUCGAAGAGCACCGUUGUUCCCAACUGGGUGAGGGGUCCUGCCCCUCAACAACCAGAAACUCGCUAUGACUACAGCAGGCAGGUCUCAGCCGGCAUCACUGCAUCCAAGUGGCAGCUUAACUCUUCACAGAUUCAUCAUAACAGCAGGUCUUUACAUCCUUCUAGAAAGAUGGAGACUCGGGAAAAGGAGCGCGUCAUUGAACAUAGCGUGAAAGAUUCUGAUAGAAGGCGCGGAGGUAGGGAUCGGAGUCGAGUGAGAGAACGCAGCAGGGAGAGGAGUAUGAGUCCAACUCCCGAAAGAGAGAGGGAAAAAGCCUUUGAGAGGCGGCAAAGUAGGAGCCCUACUCCUCUCAAAGAACGAAGUCCCCAAAGUAAGGAAUCGAGAAACGAUUACCUCAGCGAUCAGAAAGAAGUCAAGGCUCCCAAAAGGGAGAGGGAGCGAGAUCAGUAAGAUCGGGAGAUACAUGUCGGUAGGUAUGGUAGUAAUGAUCUGUGUAAAGUAUGAUGAUGUAAAUUUAAUCUAGUUAGGAUCAUAUAUUAUUACAUCACUCUAAAUUAGACUAGCAGGUGGAUUCCAGCCGGUGUAGAGUGCCUUAGGAUAGAAUAGUUGGCAGAAGGAGGAGAAGAUUCUGUCAUUGUACUCACUGACCCAUGUGCAGGGUCUGAGACCUUGAUUUACAAAGUUCUGUUCGUGCAAUGAUAUGUAACCUCCCAAACAUUCGUUCUCUGU